CCAAGCCAAGCUGCACCAAUCCGGCGGAGCGCUAGGCGGGCACGCGUGUUUUGAACUUUGCGGCAUUUUUGUCAAAUAUGAAAUGAAACUUCUGAGCUGGAAUAUAAAUGGGCUUCGGUCCUUCAAGACAAGCAUGAAAGAUGUGCUGCGUGAUCUGGAUGCUGACAUCAUUUGCUUUCAAGAAACGAAGGCAACCCGCUCCGUUCUGGAAGAAAACUGGGCAAUUGUCGAUGGCUACAGCUCUUACUUUUCGUUCCCACGUCACCAGAGCGGUUACUCUGGCGUGGCAACGUACUGCAAGGACAGCUGUCGCCCGUUUGCGGCCGAGGAAGGAUUGACCGAUGUGUGGUCCAGUCCGCGGCGCAGUGACUCCGUGGGUUCAUACGGCGACACUUUAGCUUUUGACAGCAAGUUUCUCAGCGCAGUCGACGGCGAGGGGCGUGCUGUCUUGACGUUGCACCAUGCUGUGUUUGGUGAAGAUACGAAGAGAGUGGCAGUCAUCAAUGUAUACUGCCCACGUGCUGAUCCUGAAAGACCCGAGCGAGGUCAAAUGAAGUUGGACUUCUACCAUUUACUUGAACUACGAGCCAAGGCAUUGUUGGAAAAUGGAAUGGAGGUGGUCAUAAUGGGUGACCUCAACACCUCGCACUGUAAGAUCGACCACUGUGACCCAUCGGAGGAUGAGGAUUUUUACUCAAACCCUGGACGCCAGUGGUUGAACAAGUUUCUGCUAAAUCAGGAAGGUCCAGAUGGCCCUGAAGCAACAAAAGGUGAACCAGAGAAGCCCUGCUUCCAUGACACAUUCAGGGUGCUCCACCCAACUGCAGAAAAGGCAUUUACAUGCUGGAACACACGGCUCGGUGCACGCCAGACCAACUACGGGACACGCAUUGACUACAUACUUUGUAGCAGUGCACUGUUGCCCUUUGUAAUCAGCAGUGAAAUCUUGCCCGAAGUGUUGGGCUCAGAUCAUUGCCCAGUCAAGGCUAGCCUUGCCUGUACGCCGGUGUCCUCACCACAGUGCCCAUCUUAUUCAACAAGGCACUGGCCCGAGUUUUCAGGCCGGCAGCAAAGCAUUGCAGGAUUUCUGAGUAAAGGGCAUUGUAUGUCCAGUGAGAAGGCAACACAACCAUCUGAAGCACCACUCAAAAAGUGCACUGAAACCAGAGGACAACCAGCAAAGAAGUUGAAGAUUUAGAAUGGACAAUCUACAUUGAAGGGGUUUUUUGUAGUUGAGAACAAGGAAAAGGCCAAAUCACGACAACUAGAUUCUGGUGCAGGAGGCACUAGUCUUACAAAUGGUAGUGAAGCAGAGAUUAGUAGCAAGAAAUGUUCUGCUGUAGAUGCAACCAGCUCUCAGUGGGAGACAACCAGCGACAUGCUACAACCUGAACCCAGUGCGGUGCAGGAAACUGUGAAACAAACAACUCAUUCUAAAGCUUGGAAAAGUCUCUUCAAAGGCCCUCCAGUUGCUCCCCUCUGUAAGGGCCACAGUGAGCGGUGUGUUCUUAGGACAGUGAAAAAGCCUGGGCCCAACCUUGGCCGUCAGUUUUUUGUUUGCCCACGGCCUGAGGGCCAUUCAUCAGACCCAAAUGCUCGCUGCAACUUUUUCCAGUGGGUCAACCCUCCCAAAAGGACAAAGGCAGCAGCUGAAGUUGUGCUGUGAUGUUGGUGCCAAUUGGUUUAUUUGUGGAAAGAGUAGAACGAUGUUGUAGUUGUGAGCACAUCUUGCAUCUUUGAAGACUUUGAUAGGCUGUGUACACUCGAAUGCAGGUACAGUGCUCAUUUCGCAGCAGCGUGCACUAAAGUAAACUUUUAACUGUGCCUUGUUUGAUUGGUUUGCUUGUUUAUUUUUACGUCUGUCUGUUCCCCAGUACUGCUGUGUCUGGGAAGUGUACAAGCUUGUUGAGCAGUUGUAGCAUUUUAACGCUUCAACAUUUAUCAGAGCUAACUGAAUUGUAUGAUUCCAGUUACUUUUUAUCAAAUCUGUGUGUUCAAAUUAGUACUCUGUGCCAGCUGAGUGGAAUGACUUCAUGCAGUACAAGAUAUGAACAGUUUGCAUUUGUGGUUUGUAUCCCAAAAUUUUAUUUGAAGAGCAGUUUUUACACAUGGAA